UCAAGAUGGGCAACCGUGGGAUGGAAGAACUCAUCCCCCUGGUCAAUCGGAUGCAGGAUGCUUUCACUCAGAUCGGACAGAAUGCCAACCUGGACCUGCCCCAGAUCGGGGUAGUAGGGGGCCAGAGCGCCGGCAAAAGCUCUGUGCUGGAAAAUUUCGUCGGAAAAGAUUUCCUUCCUCGUGGAUCUGGGAUUGUGACCCGACGACCCCUUGUUCUUCAGCUGAUUAACUCUCCCACAGAGUACGCAGAAUUUCUACACUGCAAAGGGAAGAAGUUCACAGACUUUGACGAAGUUCGGAAGGAGAUCGAGGACGAAACGGACAGGGUGACCGGCAGCAACAAGGGCAUCUCAUCGAUUCCAAUUAACCUGCGAGUCUACUCCCCCAAUGUUCUUAACUUGACCUUGAUUGACCUCCCUGGAAUGACCAAGAUAGCGGUGGGUGACCAACCCCCUGACAUUGAGUUCCAGAUCCGAGACAUGCUCCUGCAGUUUGUCACCAAGGAGAACUGCCUGAUCUUAGCAGUGUCUCCUGCCAACUCCGACCUGGCCAACUCUGACGCCCUGAAGAUAGCCAAAGAGGUUGAUCCCCAAGGUCUGCGUACAAUUGGGGUCAUUACUAAACUGGAUUUGAUGGAUGAAGGGACAGAUGCCCGUGAUAUCUUGGAAAACAAACUGUUACCCCUUAGACGAGGCUACAUCGGUGUGGUGAACAGAAGUCAGAAGGACAUUGACGGGAGGAAGGACAUUCAAACAGCUUUGGCAGCUGAGAGAAAAUUCUUUCUUUCACACCCAGCCUAUCGGCACAUGGCAGACCGCAUGGGGACCCCUUAUCUUCAGAAGGUGCUCAACCAGCAAUUGACAAACCAUAUCAGGGACACACUGCCUGCUCUCCGUAACAAGCUACAAAGCCAGCUGCUGUCUAUUGAGAAAGAGGUGGAAGAAUACAAGAACUUCAGACCUGAUGACCCCUCCAGGAAAACCAAGGCCUUGCUACAGAUGGUUCAGCAGUUUUCUGUUGAUUUCGAGAAACGAAUUGAAGGGUCGGGGGACCAGAUUGAUACUUACGAGUUGUCAGGGGGUGCGAGAAUAAACCGCAUUUUCCAUGAGAGGUUCCCCUUCGAACUCGUCAAGAUGGAGUUUGAUGAGAAGGAGCUGCGGCGAGAGAUUAGCUACGCCAUCAAGAACAUCCAUGGAAUCAGAACGGGUCUUUUCACUCCCGACAUGGCAUUUGAAACGAUUGUGAAAAAGCAGAUCUUGAAGAUCAAAGAGCCGUGCCUCAAAUGUGUGGACAUGGUUAUCAAUGAGUUAAUCAGUACGGUUAGGCAGUGUACCAAAAAGUUGGGCCAGUAUCCGCACUUACGGGAGGAAAUGGACCGAAUUGUGACCACUCAUAUCCGUGAUCGUGAGGGCAGGACUAAAGAACAGGUCAUGCUGUUGAUAGACAUUGAGUUAUCCUACAUGAACACAAACCAUGAGGAUUUCAUUGGAUUUGCCAAUGCCCAGCCGAGGAGCAGUCAAUUGAGUAAGAAGAAGGCAGCAGGCAAUCAGGUGAUCAGGAAGGGCUGGCUCACCAUCAACAACAUUGGAAUCAUGAAGGGAGGAUCGAAGGAGUACUGGUUUGUGUUGACAGCGGAGAACCUGUCCUGGUACAAGGAUGAUGAGGAGAAAGAGAAGAAAUACAUGCUGCCACUUGACAACCUGAAGUUACGUGACAUAGAGAAGGGAUUCAUGUCAAGCAAACACAUCUUCGCUCUCUUCAACACAGAGCAGAGGAAUGUUUACAAGGAUUACAGACAGCUGGAGCUGGCUUGUGAGACUCAGGAGGAGGUGGAUAGUUGGAAAGCUUCAUUCCUACGGGCUGGUGUUUACCCAGAGAGAGUCGGGCAAAGUGAGAAUGAAGAAAAUGGAUCUGGGGACAACUUCAUGCACUCAAUGGACCCUCAGCUGGAGAGGCAGGUGGAAACCAUCCGGAACCUGGUGGACUCAUACAUGGGAAUUGUGAACAAGACCAUCCGUGACCUCAUGCCCAAGACUAUCAUGCAUCUGAUGAUUAUUAAUACAAAAGAUUUCAUCCAGUCCGAGCUUCUGGCCCAACUAUACUCAUGUGCAGACCAGAACAUCCUGAUGGAAGAAUCCCCUGAGCAAGCCCAGCGCCGUGAUGAAAUGCUGAGAAUGUACCAUGCCCUGAAAGAGGCCUUAAAUAUCAUCGGUGACAUCAACACCACAACCACCAGCACCCCUCUCCCACCUCCUGUAGACGACUCCUGGCUCGGAGUCAGGGAUAUCCCAUCUGGACGAAGAUCUCCAACCUCAAGCCCUACCCCGCAGAGGAGAGCUCCAGCGGUUCCUCCAGUCAGACCUGUGUCCCGUGGUCCUGCUCCAGGGCCACCUCCGCCUUCUGGCCCCCCUCCUCAAGGACCCCCGGGUAGCGCCCCACCAAUUCCCUCUCGUCCCGGCGCCUCUCCAGAUCCUUUCGGGGCUCCACCUCAAGUCCCCUCCAGGCCUAACCGAGCUCCUCCUGGUGUCCCCAGGUAA